AGGGUCUUGCUCUGUUGCCCAGGACAGAGUGCAGUGGCAUCAUCAUAGCUCACUGCAACCUCACACUCCUGCGCUCAAGAGAUCCUCCUGCCUCAGCCACCCGAGUAGCUGGGACUACAGUGAUAUCCUGAGAGAAGAUGGGGAAGGGCUGCAAGGUUGUGGUUUGUGGAUUGUUAUCUGUGGGGAAAACUGCAAUUUUGGAGCAGCUCCUUUAUGGGAAUCAUACUAUUGGAAUGGUAGAUUGCGAAACAAUGGAAGAUGUGUAUAUGGCUUCAGUGGAAACAGAUCGAGGAGUAAAGGAACAGUUACACCUCUAUGAUACCAGAGGCCUUCAGGAAGGCGUGGAGCUGCCAAAGCAUUAUUUUUCAUUUGCCGAUGGCUUCGUUCUUGUGUACAGUGUGAAUAACCUUGAAUCCUUUCAAAGAGUGGAGCUUCUGAAGAAAGAAAUUGAUAAGUUCAAAGACAAAAAAGAGGUAGCAAUUGUUGUAUUAGGAAACAAAAUUGACCUUUCUGAGCAGAGACAAGUGGACGCUGAAGUGGCACAGCAGUGGGCAAAAAGUGAGAAAGUGAGACUGUGGGAGGUAACCGUUACUGAUCGGAAAACUCUGAUUGAACCAUUCACUUUAUUAGCCAGUAAACUUUCCCAGCCCCAGAGCAAAUCGAGCUUUCCUUUGCCUGGGAGGAAAAACAAAGGGAACUCUAGCUCUGAGAACUAAAAAUCUGUAAUUCCGCAAUUGUUGAAUAGUGAUUGCCUUUAAGUGUUUGUGAACACGGAGUGAGAUUAGUAUUUAAAAUAGGCUAUUUAUAUCUACCUUAGGUCCUUAAAAAACACCUAAGGAAGUUAAUGCAUGUUAGAGGUUAUACUUAAAUUAUUUGGGCUAAGUUUACUAUUGCCUAAUAUGAAAUAAUGUAUUUUCAUUCUCAUUGUUUGAAAUCUGUCCCUAAAAUUAGCACCCUUGUUAUUUAUGUUGCACUUGUUCAAACAGUAAAAUAAAGUUUGGUUAGUAUGCAAAUGCACCUAUGUGUAACUUCUCCCCAACUCCAAGCUGUUUCAGAAGCUAUCGUGCAGUGUUAACUUUGUGCAAACUUCCUAGCUCAAACAUAACUUUUAAAAAAUUCAUUAGUCAUCUAAUACUGUAAAACUUGUCAUUGUGUUCAAAUUGGACUAAAAACAGUGAACACUUUGGGUACAAACUAAGCUAAAUUUUAUGUUGUGGAGAUGCUGCUAAAUAGAACAAACUCAAGAUACUGGUUUGCCCAAAUUAUGUUUAGAAUGACUUGAGGUACUAGGUAGUCUAGUAGGCUCCUUCCACUCAAAAGGCCUUUUUUUUCCUUCAGCCAGACCCCUGCUGAUAAACUGAAUACUAGAGGGCAAACUGUUUUUUCUGUUUGAAAAUGGCUAAGCACUUAAGGACAGUAAGGCUUCCAUUUUCCAGGAGGAAUACUGUAUCUUCUGGAAUAGUUUCCUAGAUAACCUAGUUAUGUGCAAUAAAAUAUAUCAUAAAAAUACUGGGCU